CUGAAAGCGGCUUUGGGAGCUGGUUAGUCAUGUCUGGACGUGGUAAGGGUGGGAAAGGCUUAGGUAAGGGAGGCGCUAAGCGUCACCGCAAGGUUUUGCGGGACAACAUUCAGGGCAUCACUAAGCCAGCCAUCCGGCGCCUUGCUCGCCGCGGCGGUGUCAAGCGUAUUUCUGGCCUUAUCUAUGAGGAGACCCGUGGUGUUCUGAAGGUGUUCCUGGAGAACGUGAUUCGUGAUGCAGUCACUUACACGGAGCAUGCUAAACGCAAGACUGUAACAGCAAUGGAUGUGGUCUAUGCGCUGAAGCGACAGGGACGCACUCUUUACGGCUUCGGUGGUUAAGGCUCCCGCUUACUCCACUCAGUAUUUCUCUUUACAACCAAAGGCCCUUUUUAGGGCCGCCCAAUUUCUUCGUAAAAGAGCGGACAUCUUGUUAUCCUGUUGCAGGUUUUUGCUGGAAAAGCAGUCAUUGUGCACUAGUGUGCAUUUGCAGUUCUGUGGCUCCUGAUGGAUCUGAGAAGAUGGACGUCGAGGAUGAAAAUCUGUCUGAUUAUUUUGAACUGAUGUUUGUUGCUGUGGAGAUGCUGCCCAUAUGUUCAUAUUGUGGAUGUUAAGUCAGUAGCCCACAGCCUUGUAUUCCAUAUUCUAGAGACCCUGCUACUUGACAUCUCAACUUGAAAGUCCAAUAAAUAUGCACUUCAAACUUAAAUAAGCUUCAAUUUCUUUCAUUGUCUCUGCAAAACAGCUUCUCCCAUCAUCUUGAAAUUAGUGAACAGCAUUUUACUGUUUUAGCUGGAGUCAUUUCUGUCGUUUCCUUUCACAUCCUACAUAACAAUCCAUCAGUAAGUUCUAUGAGCUCUUUGAAAACAGAAUCCAACUGUUUCUCAUUCCCACUUCUGGUCAAACCACUGCCAACGCUCACCUUUAUUGUUGUAGCACCCUCAUUGCCUAGUUCUGUUCCACAGAUUUCCAGUAAAGGGUGAGUAAAAUCAGGUCACUCUUCUGCUGAAAA